CUAUCACCAUUACUCACUGACAGGUAUGCUGUGUAGAUCAUGGCGUGGCUUCAGCGUCCACACGGACCUGAACCUUGCUCCCUGAGAGUUUCACAGCCAUAAGGUGGAAACUCGCUGCUCACCUGCACUUUCAGGAAAUGAAGCUUUCAUCCAUUUCACACACAGACACAUCACACAGUCAGCAACACAAACAUGAGUCUGUCCUGGAAAUCACGGGCCAUGCUCCUCCACAUCUGUUUACUUCUGUGUGCACAAGGAGUGAUGUUGCAGCAGUUCUUGCUGCGUCCGCAGAAUUCAACAGUGCUGCAUGGCACGGAUGCAAGCUUCCAAGCCGAGGUGGAUGGAAGCUGGCAGGUCAUGACCUGGCACGUCCGAGGGUUUCUGGUUCUCUCUGUCCCUGUGAAUGACAACGUAACCUCAUCCUCAGAGCAGUUUUCUGCCAGAUUCUGCUCGGCCGGUGACACCCGCUGUGUGGAGUUCACCAUCCACAACGUCACCCGCAGAGAGUCUGGGCCGAUCAUGUGCACUGUGCUGGGGGAGUACGGAUCGAAGACUGCACAGCUUUAUGUUGAAGAAACUGGUACAAUCAACAUCCUGGGAGGGAACGUGACUGCAACACAGGACCAGGAGGUGGCGUUCCAGUGUGUAACCAACACUUGGUUCCCUGCACCCACUAUAACCUGGACACUGAAUGGACACGCUGUGGACAGCAGCCUGCCCAACACCACCAGUGUGGCAGAUGGGGAUUCCUUCAACUCCACAAGCAUUCUCAAAUUUCAUGCAGUUGGCAACACCAUAGUGGCAUGUCAUGCUACUGUGCCAACAUCAACAAACCCACUAUCCAGCUCUGUCUUCUUGGGAGUUGUUCCCAAGCCUCCUGACUGGACUGUGCUGAUCGCUGUGGUCCUGUCGUUUGGAUGUUUCGCUCUGCUGGUUUUGCUCAUCCUGGGAAUCAUCUUCUGCUGCAAACGCAGAAAAGAAAAACAAUCAACCUACCAAGAUGAAAUGACACGCAGAGUUAGGACACUGAGCCAGAUAAGUAGUGUCAGUGUGCCUGGACAGAGCCGGGGUCAGGUGAACACAGGAUUUGAACUGGAGGGUCAAACAAGUGUCCAAGCUCCGAGUGAACUCUCGGACCACAGCUCGCGCAAGGAAACUGUUUAUGCGAUGCCUGAUAUUGUCAACAGUAACGUCCACGUUUAUGCCAACUCUGUGAAUCAAUCGGGCAUCAGGAAACACAGACAUGUUACCAUAGUGUAAGGGCAGACAGAAGACAGCAAACACACCUGCACUCGCUUCUCUGAAGCUUAAAGCAAACCAUGGGAUGUAAAGACUGUAGAAAGGUGGGAAGACUGAAGGCUGGACUAAAGUCAAUGUUCCCUGUUUGUCUUGACGUUGUAUUGGCAGAACGUACGGUCGGAAACAAGUAGAACACAUUUUUUUUGGAGUCGCGUCAUGACAUCGGACAUUUCUACAUGUUUCAGCAGUAAAAAAACAAGUAUCUUACUGAUCACAGUAACAAUGGACCUGUUCAGUUAAUGUACGUCAGUACAGUGUGACAGUGUACCCCGCCUAUCGCCCGAUGUAGCUGAGAUUGGCACAGCACCCCCCCGCAACCCUCUGGUGGAGGAUAAAGCGGUAGAUGAUGACUGUCCAGAGUAUCAUACUUACAAGAUUCAAGAAAAAAAUGUCAGCUAGUUCAGAGCAAGUUUCUGUUGUCGACACUGGAAUCAUGUCUGCUACUAUAAAAUGAUGUUCUUUACUCUUUGAUUACAUUUAGAUUACCAGGCUGAAGUGACUCAAAUCAGAUUUUUGUACAUCAUAUGAACCAGUAUAUCCAGUGAAAAAUGGUCAUAUCAGAAUUGAAGUGGCUUUUUGCCUAAACACAUGCAUCUGCAUUGGUCAGAUUUAAAUCUAAUUCACUACAGAUAACAGCACAAACCAGAAAAAAAAGCCACAUAAUCAAAUACAAAGACACUACAAAGAAGGAGACUCACAAAAUGUGAAGUUGAUGAGGAGAUAUGAAGAUAAUGUCCAAUUCAACAUGAAAGAUAAUUUGAAAAAUGAGUCUGGCCGUGCAUCAGAAGAAAUGACGUCUAUAUGACGGGUUUGCUUUGAGUUAAACGCACUCUCUGAGUCACUUUGUGUCAGCGUGACAUGCUGAGGCUGUUUGUCCCGUGUCUUGACGGUGAAUGAGACUCUUCUUUUAAAGCCGGCUCUAAGAACCCUUCAAGUCUGGGAAAGCCAACACUAAAUCUGAUUACCUGCUCUGUUUACUCUGUGUAUCCACCUUGGAAAUGACAUUAGUGCCAUUAAUGUUCUCCUCAAUUUAGCUUCUCUAACAUGUGAUAAAUAGCACCAAAGAUCUUUUUCUGUCUUAAUCUGUAUUUCCUCUGUUGUGAGAAGACAGUGUUUGUGUGUGUUGACCAAUUAUAUCGUAAUUUGAUCCCGUUUUGAGCAGAGGAACAUUUCUCUCAUGGCUCACAGACUCUACAGACAAUUACUUAAGCAGCAUGUUGGCACUGGCUGAAAGUUAAUGAAUAGAACCAAUAGAAUGAAUAAAUAGAGCUGUGGUAAUGACUAUUGAUAAGCCAUAUAUAGUGCGGGUUGUCAAGCCACUCAGGCUUUUAAGGACUCGCUCUAAGCAGUUUUACCAUUGCAUAAGGAAGGUCUAGCAAAUUCAUGUAGCACAGCAGCCUCCAAUCAUCAAAUUGGCUCUGCAGGGAACUGGGAUGGCACGUAUGUCUCCUGCUGGCAUCAGGUGAAAUGGUGAGUGAAAAGUAAUGGAAAGCAUUAAGUGUUUUAAGUGUAAAAUAUGGCUUCUAAGUGAAAGCAGCAAACUCGCCUUCAAAAUCACUCCUUUUGAGUGAAUUAUCAUUUGGAACAUUUUAAUGUUUAAAUCUCACUGUGAUGAACUCUUAAACAUGAUCACACUAUCUUAUUUAAUCUCUUUAUUUAGUCCUUUCAGUGUGCUGAGUUCUAAGGAGUGCAUGCAACAUUAAUCAAGGUUGGUUGAUUGAUGUUGCCAUGGAGAUGCUUCCAGUUUCUUUGGCUGCACAAGGAUUUAUCUCAGCUAACAAAAUUUGCAGCGCAGCUUUGAGGACACGUCAAAAAACGGUCACGUAUCGCAGCAACGUAGACCUGCAGUAAUUACAGCAGGAAUUAAGUGUGCAGAAAAAUAUUAAUAUUUUAAUAUGUUUGUAAAACAAAAAACAAUGCAUAAUGUAUUGCACUGUGUUGUCUUCAUCAUACUAAAAACCUCGCCUCUUACAGCAAAAUGCACUGAUCAAGACCGACAAAGACGACUCCUCAGAGCAGCAACUCUAAAAAUAGCCGUUCUUGAGGCAGCAGAUAUUAUACUAUAAAAGCCUCCAUAAUAUAAUAAGAGUCAGGAUGAAACAAGAUGAAUUUGAGGGAGGAAGAGAGAAGGAAAGGGAGAGAGCACACUUGGCAUGUACCUAGUAAUGGAAACCCUGCAACUUAGAUUGCAAAGAGAGGCCGCAGAGGAGUGCUCACUUUGUCAGGUUGUCAAUAUGUCCUCGGGACACGGGGCAGAGUAAGUUGAGAGCGAGUUUGCAGAGCUGAACCAUGCGAAAGCCAAAAUGUUCACCAGCUGCUACACACUGAGCACAUCCUCAAGUAUAGACAUGUCUAUAGGGUUCUCUUAUUUUUAGUUUAACAUCUUAUUUUUAUUUUAACAUCUGCGACAUCCUGAUUUCAGAGAAGACCUUAUAUUAAAAAAACAACUGAAAAUGGCCCAAACCCUUGGAUAUGCAGCUUAAAUGUGCUGAGAAAUCUGUGAAAGACACAGAAACACAUGGGUGUAACACAGUGUUUCCCAAACCUAUUAUACCAAGUACCACCUGAGCAAAAUAUUGAGCCCUCGAAGUAAAACCAUUAUGACCACCGUUAAAAUACAGUGACCGAACAAAGUCAGCAACAUGCUUGUCCCAAUAAGAUAAUCUCAUCAUCCUCCUCUUCCUCACAGGGUAGCCAAUCACAUUUCUGUGUAGGCUUAAUGCAUUUGUAUGUGCAACUAAUUCAUUAAACUCAUUCAACAGUA